UUUUUUUUUUUUUUUUUACUUUUUGUUUUUCUUUCCGCUUUUCUUUUCCUUUCCGUUAUACUUAGAUCAUGGCUUCUCAUAGUGUGUAUCUUUUCCGUCAUAUUCAAACACAACAAGUACUUGUUAGUACUCGACAAGUUAUGAAGAACAAAGCAUUGCAACAGCUCGAUAUAACUAAUAGACCUGUUCGUCUGAGGAAGGAUUUAUGGCGUCCCAUGGUCGCCCUUACUGGAUUCAAUACUUCUCAAUCAGCCCAAGCUGUGUCAGAUGCUCUUUUACAACGUUCAAAGGCUCGUCAAUUGGAUUUCAAAACAACAGAAGAACACCUUGCACGACCAAAACGAUUACGACAAGUGGAUGAACAAGAUUUAGUGGAAAAAUCAGUAGUGUCACUAUUGGAAGCUUUGGAAAAAGUAGCAACAACUCAUAUCAAAAACGAUGAAAAGUUAUUAGCUUUGUGGGAACAACCUCGCUUUAUGGAUUUGAAGGGUGAUAAGGAAUGGCCUGCCUUUGUGGAACAUGGUCAAUUGGAAUUAAAGAAUAAUCGUUUUGUCAAGACCUCUGAAGAUUCCUCUGCUUAAAAACAACUAAAUGUUUGCACACGUACACACACACACAUACAUAUAUAAAUAGUUUUUAUUAUCUAGUUUAGUUCUUGAUAGUUUUUGUAUAGAUAGAAUCUCAUAUUUUUUUUUUUUUUUACCAUCUCAGAUCUCUUUUUCCUUUUGAUAAUUAUCAUCAUCGUUACUGUUAGUAUAAAGUUGUAUUUUGACAUGAUUACCAUUCUCUUGUUCAGUUUACCUGAAACUGACCAAUAAAGUCUAGUCUUUUAAACCCA